CUGCGCCCGGCGGGAGAACGGCUGGCCCUGCAUCUCAGCAUGUCCGGGRCACAGGCGACCGACACCCGCGACCCUGAAGCUGGGACACGCCCGGAGGAUGUCCCCUCGCUCAAGGAAAUCGAGCAGCUCCUCAACACGGGGCGGCCCUCCUGCAACCACGUUGAUGAGGUGUGGCCUAAUCUCUUCUUAGGGGACCUAGUAACAGCUCACAACAGAUUUGUUUUGUGGAAGAUGGGUGUGACCCAUGUUUUAAAYGCUGCCCACGGCACAGCGUACAGCCACGGAGGCCAGGACUUYUAUGGAGCAACCAUCGAUUAUUAUGGUGUACCAGCCCAUGACCUGCCAAGCUUUGAUAUCAGCCAGUUCUUUUUCUCUGCAGCACAAUUUAUCCACAAUGCCUUGAAGACGCCGGGAGCCAAAAUAUUGGUACAUUGUGCAGUUGGAGUAAGCAGAUCAGCCUCCCUAGUCCUAGCAUAUCUCAUGAUAAAUCACCACCUCCCAUUAAUUGAAGCCAUCAAGACAGUGAAAGAGCAUCGAUGGAUUUCACCCAAUCGUGGUUUUCUGAAGCACCUGCGAAACCUGGAUGUUCAGCUAAGGCAAAGGAAGGACUGCUGAACUGCAGCCCUAUCUACAUUUAUUUACUGACUU